AUGGCCGCCAAUGAAAACAAUGGCAAUGAGAAUAGGAAUAAUGGGAAUAAUGCUAACAGGAGUAUUAGAGAAUUGGCUGCCCUUGAUGUGCAUUAUCAACCUUUGUGUAUUCAGUAUCCUCAAUUGGAGGCAAACUUUAAACUGAAAUCUGGAUUGAUACAUUUGCUUCCUAAGUUUCAUGGUCUUGCAGCUGCCAAAGACUGGCUGUACUACUUGCCACCUGCUGCCAUUACCAAUUGGGAUGGCCUGAGGAGAAUAUUUCUGGAGAAGUUCUUCCCUGCUUCCAGAACAGCAGCCAUCCGGAAGGACAUUUGUGGCAUCCGACAGAUAGAUGGAGAAAGCUUGCAUGAGUAUUGGGAGAGAUUCAAGAAGCUGUACUUAGUGGAUGCUGCUUCUGGAGGAGCCUUAGUGGAAAAGACACCAGCUGUAACCCGGGACUUAAUCUCAAAGAUGGCUCAAAACGCACAACAAUUUGGUACCAGGUUGAACACUCCCAUGAAGACUGUCAAUGAGGUUGGUUUUGCUGCACCUAUGGACCAGAGGAGAAUAGAAAAUAGGCUGGAGGAACUCACUUCAAUGGAUAACACAGAAUCAUGCAAUGGAAUCUUCCCUGGAAGACCGUUUCAGCACCAGCCACAACAGAGUAGGUAUGAUCCCUAUGCUCCCACCUACAAUCCGGGCUGGAGAGACCAUCCCAACUUCAGAUAUGGGGGUGCCUCAACUCAACCAUUCCAACAGAGGUUCAAUGCACCAGGUCAAAGUAAUGUCACACCAAUGAAGCAACAAGCACAGACAUUACCCAAGACAGAAUCGAGCUUGAAUGACAUAGUGCAGCAAUUGGCUGCCAAUACUCUCAAAUUCCAACAACGGACUGACACCACCAUACAGAAUUUGGAGACACAGAUUGGGCAGUUAGCAACUAACAUAAAUGAGCUAAGGAGUCAAGGUUCAGGUCAGCUACCUUCACAGUCAAUAUCCAAUCAAAAGGGAAAUGUGAGUGCGAUCAUGCUGCAUAGUGGUAAAGAAGUGAAUGCUCCAGAGAAGGCACAAGAAGAAACUGGUUGA